CCUAAAAAAAAAUUACCCACCUUUGAGCGUAGCUGACAAUAAUAUUAUUAAAUAUCAAAAGUUACGCUUUGAGUUUUCUAAAUAUUAAACUUUCAUCUAGUUUAUAGAAUGGAGAAGAAUUCACAUCCAAUUAAUGAUGUUUUAAAACCCUCCAAUGAACUGAAAACUCCUGAAAAUACUCAACAAGAUAUAAUCAGAAUCUCAAUAAAUCGCAUUGGAAAUUUCAAAAAUUUUAGCCUUCCAUUCAACGCACAAAUCAGACUUGAUUGGAUGAAUCAGCGAUUUGAAAGUGAGAAAUUCUCUGUUGAAACAGAAGGAGAUGUUGAUUUGAGUUUCAAUGUAGUCAUCCAAUCUUCCAUCAGCAAAAAUGCACUCCAUCAACAGUUUCUCGAUAAUCCUGUGUAUAUUGUGGUGUUGGGUCUACCUCCAAGUCUCACCUCCACAUCGAAGAAAAGUAAAAGAUCGACCGCUGGAACAAAAUCAGCUGGAAAAAAGAGAUCAGCUAUUCCAACAGAGACAGUCAUUGGAGGAUCCUGUCUUGAUGUUCUUCCCAUUCUAAUGGGAUCCGAUUCACUAGAAAAAGUUCUCCCUCUACAGAGUGAGAGGCAACUUUUUGGUUCAGAAAUAGUAUCGUGGCCAAAUCUACCAUACAUCAAUUUGACGGUACAACCAUUGUUGGAUUUCAAUUCGGAAGAAUACAGUUUGCCUGGAAAUUAUAUGACAAUCGGCUUGGAAGCAAUUUACAAUAUGAAAUGUUCAUCCGGGUCGGUAGUGGGAGGGCUAGCUCUACCAAUUUUUCAAAAUAAUGAGGCACAGCAUGAAAAUUUCCUGUACCAAUCGAUGAAAUGGGUUGACCGACCAAAUGAAGGAAGGAAAUUCAAAUGGGCCAAUAUGGUUCCCUCUGUAGAAGGGUGCGCCGCUAACUCGGAAUACGAGAUAUUUGAAGAUACUGGCGACAUUUCGAAUGUCAUGGAUAUCAGUGAAAACGAGUUGCAGAAAAUUGGUAUAGCGCCGCGCUUAGAAUGGAACAGAGUCCAUAGAUGCUUGCUGAGUCCAUACUGUCAACAGUAUGUGCAGAACCAAAUUGCAAGGUAUAAAACUGUACCAGUGGAAUUCAUGCUGACAAGUGAUGAGAUGAAUUUGAAAUUGAAGAAUAGAUCCAAAGAAACUGUGGAUAUCCACAAGGAGCAUCUGGUGGCUUAUGCUGAUUUAUCAAGACUCAUGUUUCCAGGAGUUGCAAGCAUCAGAUUGGUGACCCAAAUUCACACGUUCACUAAGAACAACUUUGUUGAACGAUCUGGAGACAGAAGUGCAUCUAUUUUUGAGACUAAAGUGGCCAAAGAACCAUUGUUACCACGCCCUGGAAAAGAUGCGAGCCACAAGAAAUCCAAAGGAAAGCCGUCUUCAAAAGCUGCUACUGCUAGUAGCAAGACAACUGAAGCUGAAGAGGUGAUCCCUGAAGAGGAGAGUGUCCCUCUUCAAACCAAAGAUGGUCUUCCUGUUUUUGUAGUCAUGCAAAUAUCUCUUCAUAAACCUCUAAUUCCCAAGAAAACUGAAGAUGAAUUCAUAUUCGAUUUGCAAAGCCUUAUACCAAAAAGAGUUGAAAAACCAAUAAAUAUAAAAAAUGCUGAAAAGGCUUACAAUGACUACUGCUCAGCUAUAAAGGAGGCACAUAAAAUUAUUGCAGAAUUUUAUCGGGUGAAUACAUAUAAUUUUUAA